CUGUUACCAGACCCCUGAUUGUCGACGUCAUUACGUACCUUUUGCGUUUGGAUAUACACGUUUGAAUCCCUGAAUAACAUGAAUAGGGAAUGGGAGAGUACAUGUUUUUAUUAAAUGAUUGAUACGGGUUUAGGCUCCAAUCCUUCAUGCUAUAAGUUCCUCGUAUAGUUCUGUGGUAUGAUAUUCUCUCAUGUUACAGGGGCCAGUCACGGAAACGCGUAGGAACCGGAAGGGCCAGUGGACCCCCCACAAAAUUAUGGACCGGUCGACAAGAGCUGCAUGAUUUUACUUCUAAUUCUCCCUGACAAUUAGCUAAUCCAAUUUAUAAGAGUAUGCUCAUGAAGGGGAUAACAUGACCUUAUGGUCUUAUGUAGGGACCCAUAGGUUUACUAAUGUCUCUAUGGCUUUAAAGCCACACACUUUCUUAUCUCCCUAGUUGCUCUGCAGAUGCCCAUGUAUCUAGUUGUAAUUUACAUAUUGUAGUUAUUGUCCAAGAGGCUUUAUGACCAUUUCCUGUCACAGUUUAAUAUAGUAAUUGGUUAGGGGUGGAUCUUCCUCUGGUUUCUGAUUGAUGAUGACCCAGCUGCAUGUUCCCACUUAACAUGGGUACCCCCAGUCCAGUAAAGUCAUUCUACCCUAGAGGGACCAGUACCUCUAGUAAUAAGUCAGGGAGCAGGGACCCUGUGAACGAGGCCAGCUAGAGACAGGAUAAGAUCUGUUAUAGACUCUGUAGCAGGAGAGUAAGAUAGGGAGGGAAGAGAGAAAGAGCAGCUUUCUGCUCCAACAAUGAAAUGUAUUCCUCGUCUAGUUCGGUGGCAGCAUUUUGUCCCCCCAAAUCAAGCUUUUGACGCUUACAGGAAAAGCAGACAUGUCACCACAAUGGAAAGAAGAUGGUUUUGUGCUGGAGCCGACUUAACCAGGGGAGUGAUGUGGAUCUUAACAAGUGAUGGAAAGUGACACAGGUAUAAGAGAGGAGAAAAGGUCAUGGGCUGCAUUCGAAGCAAGACGUGUGAAUUCGAGAAUUCAAUUCAAUCAAAAUGGAUACAAGAUCAACAUGCUUAUGUGGAGAUACAUGAGAUCACUGAUAUAAGUGAUUCAUUGGUGAAGUUCAUUGCCACCGCAGAGAUGCCCUACCACUCGGCACAGCCAUCUUUAUUGGCAGAAUCUUCACAACCUGCUGAGAGUGAAGAGGACCCUUCCUAUAAGACCAGAGAAACCCUUCCUCUCCAUGAGCCCAAGAGCUCUGAAGCAGCAAAGGAUGAAAACAGGGAUAGUGCCAGCCCCACCACCUUCAUUUGGCUUUCAUUUGAUGCCAAGGUGGAAAUCCCUGUGAUCAUAGAUAUUUCGGAGGCACCGGUGAACAUUUGUGUUGCUGCAAAUGUAUAUGAGCCACCAGGGAUGCCAACUUUAUUGGAGGCUCCUGAAUGUGAUUCUGGCAUGUCCAAUAACAUCGGACAGAUUCAGGAGCAGACUGAUCCUGAGCCAGAGGAUGAUGCUAAUACCUCUUCCAGUCUUCUUUUAGAUCUUCAGAAUCCUGAUACUGGCUCAGAUUUAUGUGAUGGACAGGGCGCAGAAGGAGCAUCAAACAGCCUUGUUGAGCCUAGAUCUCACAUUUCCCUUUCAAACUACAACCUGGGAGAAGUGUUAGGAUAUGGCAGUUAUGGAAAGGUGUUCCUGGCCGAGCACAAGGAGACCAAAGAAGUGUGUGCUAUAAAAGCCCUGAAGAAGACACGGAUUGUAGAACAGAAGGACUUGGAAAGUGUCUUCAAAGAGAAGGAAAUCCUCCAUACCAUCAGUUGUUCCGAACACCCAUUUCUAGUGUCUUUAUACGGAACAUUCCAGACAGACAGUCACCUCUUUUAUGCCAUGGAAUAUCUGCCUGGAGGUGACAUGUUUGAAUUCCUCACAUAUGGAGAACUGGAGGAACAAGAUGUAAUGUUUUAUUCCGCAUGUGUAGUGCUUGGCCUGGAGGCAUUACACCAGAUUGGCAUUGUUCAUAGAGAUCUUAAGCUUGAAAAUUUGCUGAUGGACCGGGAUGGAUUUGUGAAGAUCGUAGAUUUUGGCCUCAGCAAAAACAGAUUUGGAUACAACGACCGCACAAAGACCAAGUGCGGCACAAGAGCUUGCAUGGCCCCAGAGAUCUAUAUGAAUAUCGGAUAUGGCAUGGCGGUUGACUGGUGGGCCCUUGGUAUCGCCAUGUAUGCUAUGCUCAUGUAUGAGUUACCAUUCAACAACGAGGAUCCCUUUGAGCUAGCAGAGAGCAUCCUUUAUGAUGAGAUAGAGUUACCAGAAUAUCUAUCAGAGGAUGUCUGUGGAGUAAUAAAUGAACUCUUAGUGAAAGAUCCAGAGUUUCGCCUGGGAUCCGGUGAGGCUGGUGCUGACAUGGUUAAAGAGCACCCCUUCUUUAUAGAUAUGGACUGGAAAAAACUUAAAGACAAAAAAGUAAGGCCUCCAUUUGUGCCAGCCAACCAAGGCCAUCUGGAGAGCCUUAGGCAACCUGAAUGCCGAGCUCCAGCAUUGACACUUCCAUCUGUAGAGUUACCAUCGGAGCACCAAGAGGCAUUCAGAGAAUUCGAUUUUACACCUGAAUGAACAUCAGAUAAAUGGACGGAAUGGACGGGGUAGGUGGAGGGCCAGUCCAUAUCCAUAUAAGAAGUACCAGCCAUAUAAAGUGAAUAGCAGGUGCUCCAUCUCAACAAGUUCGGAUAGAGAAGACUACUUUUGGAAUAUUCUAGAUUUUACAGAUUAUUCCACAGCUUUAACAGUCAACAAAGAUCUUGCACCAAGAUAUAUUUUAGUUACCCACCUUGGAAGAUCUAAAGUAAAAUCUAUUGUAGAUGGAUUCCAUCUUUACCCACCUCGAGGUAUGAAAAGCAUAUAUAAUUAUUCCUUCCAUUGCCCUCCUGCCCAACCAAAACGGUUAGCAGUGUGUUCCAGAUACAAGAUUAUAGCAGUCAUCUACAAGUAUGUUUUUAUUGUACUAAUAUUGAGUCACAGACAGGAAUGGGCUAAUGAAUACUGUUAAAUCCUCAAUGUUUUAUAGUUUUAUAUAAUUUCAUCGUAUUUGUAUCCUCUGGAAAGAGUGCAAUUUCUGGUUCCAGCAAUUCCAUUGAAUUACCUAUCCUUCAGGAUAUGGACUUCUAAACAAAGGAGUUGUGCCAGCCAUCCAAUGCAAUCUACAGGCUAGCUAUCUACAGAGCAAGGAAACCCUGUCCAGCAAAGAAUAUUGUGGUCCCUAUGCCAAAUAUUUGGAACCUAACAAGAAAAAAAGCUGCUGCCAUUCCUGCCAAACACCACCAGAUGCUGACUUAUCUACUGUAAUAUCAAGAUACUCCAUGUGCAUUUUAUAUCUAAUAACA